AUGGAGUUCAUACGGGCGUCUCGAGUUGUUCUCAUCUUGGCCCUGAGCCUCCUCAUCGCCAACGCCUCUCUCGUCGCUGCUUCUUCCGAUGAGCCCUGGACCAAGUACAUCCACAGCCCCGCGAGCCGCAGCGUCUCGCCGGUGGGCGUCCACUCCAUCGAGGGAAACGCCUCGGUGAGGAACUGCAGCUCCGGCCGCCAGGUGAUCCGCCUCGAGGCCGGCUCCCGCAUCUCGCUCGACUUUGGCGUCGAGGUCGGCGGGCACGUCUCGCUCAACGCCAGGUCGGCCUCGUCGUCGCCCCUGUCCCUCGCGUACGCCGAGUCGCCGUCGUUUGUGCGCGAGAUCAGCGACGACACGGGCGCGACUCCCGGGAUGGACUGGGACCAGGCGUACAGCAUCACCCUCGACGACGGACAUGCAGAGCGGGCGGUGUGGUAUCGCACGCCGAGGGAGCGGUUCCGCGGGGGGUUCCGCUUCCUCACGCUCAACGCGCUCGCGGACGUGGUUCUGUUCAACGUGACGUGCGAGAUAGGCUUCGCGCCCAACAUGCCCGACCUGCGCUCCGGCACGGGCUACUUCUACACCCCCGAUGCAGACGCGGAAGUGCUCAACCGGAUCUGGUACGCGGGGGCGUACACCAUCCAGACCAACAUCGCCCCCGCCGACACGGGCCGCUGGCUGCCGCAGGUCCGCCCCGGCUGGAGCUACAACGCGACGCUGGGCGUCGCCUCCCCCGCGCUGGUGGACGGCGCGAAGCGGGACAGGGCGAUAUGGCCGGGCGACCUGGGGGUGCAGGGUCCCGUGGCGAUGAUGGCGUACGGGGAGCCGGGGAGGGAGAGCGUGCGGAACAGCCUGGCGACGCUUUUUCACUACCAGAAUGCUUCGACGGGCAUGUUCCCCUUUGCUGGCCCGUCGACGGGGAGUUUUCGCAGCGGGGCGAGGAGCGAUACGUAUCAUAGUUGGGCGCUGAUUAGUAUGUACGACUAUGCUGUUUGGUCGGGGGAUGAGGCGUGGGUGGCGGAGCACUGGGGGAAUAUCACGCGGGGGGUCGAGUAUAUCACGAGUAGGUUGGAUCCGGAUACGGGGCUGCAGGAGCAGGUGAAUGAGAAUGACUGGGCGAGGAGGAAUACGGGGGGGUUCAACUCUGCGCUGAACGCGCUCAACUACCACGCUUUGAACUCGCUGGCGACCCUCGCUCAGUCCGAUGAGCAGAAACAGUCAUGGGAGGAGGCGGCGGCGAAUAUCAAAAAGGGGUACAACGACUUACUCUGGGACGAAGAGGCGGGGCUGUACCGCGACAACCCCACGAGCACCCUCCACGCGCAGGACGGCAACUCCCUCGCCCUGCUAUACGGACUAGCGGAGAACGAAACCCAGCGCAUGGCAGUGAGCGAAGGUCUGGAGCGCAACUGGAACGACAUCGGCCCCGUGACGCCAGAGCUCGAGGACACCAUCUCGCCGUUCGUGUCCGGGCUCGAGCUGCUGGCGCACCUGCACGGGGCGGGGAACACUAAACGGGCGCAGAGGCUGCUGCGGCGGCUGUGGGGGUAUCUCCUGGAUGAUAGCAGUGGGUUGUUCACGGGGUCGACGUUCGCGGAGGGCCUGGCUGCCAACGGGAGUCUGUACUAUCGGUCGGAGCGGUCGUACAAGUACGAUGCGGCGUACACGUCGCUGGCGCACGGGUGGAGCUCGGGGCCGACGACGGCGCUGGUGACGGGCGUGCUGGGCUUGCGUCUGGAGGAGAUUGGGGGGAGGAGAUGGUCGUUGAGGCCGCAGCUGGGGGAGGGGCUGAGGAGUGUUUGGGCUGGGUUUGAGACUGGGCUGGGGUGGUUUGAGGGCAAGGUGACGGUUGGUGAGGAUGGGGGUGUGGAGGUGGAGGUUGUCGCUCCCAAGGGGACGAAGGGGAGGAUUGUGUUUCCGGAUGAUGCCAGGGGACGGGUACGAGUGAAUGGGAGGGAGUUUAGGGGGCAGCCGGAGGAGACGGUGUUGGUGAUGGACCUGGAGAUGUAG